UUCCCGAUGCACUGGGUGGAUAUAUUUUUGGAACACAUUAUAUUCCUGAUAUGGUAAAGAGCUGAGGUGACAUCACCAAAACCAUGAACCUUUGUCUAUAAAAGAAGAAUGUUCCGCCCAUCCUCACAACACUUAAGAUGAAGAUCCUCAUUGUCCUCGUACUGUCCGCCAUUGUCACUAGCAGCUGGGCAUCAAAUCAAUGCAGGAUCCUGCAAGCAGUAAGGAGCAGUGGUAUUGCCGGCUAUAAGGAAUACAGCGAGGAGGACUAUGUGUGCCUAGCUUGGUACGCUAGUAACUAUGAUACGAAAUUCAACAGAAGUCCUACUGAGUAUGGCGCAUUCCAGAUCAACAGUAAAUAUUGGUGCGACGAUGGUAAAACUCCUGGCCGCAAAAAUCUAUGCGGAAUGCCAUGUAGAGAUUUAUUGGAUGAAAACCUGGCUGAUGACCUGAAAUGUGUUACGAGAAUCGUGCAGGAUCCAAAGGGACUUGAUGCCUGGGAGCCCUGGACAGAGAAUUGCAAAGGACAGAAUAUUAGUCGGUUCACAGAAGGAUGUUAAUCCCUUAUUCAACAAGAAAUCAAUGUUUGCCUUAAAGGGGUUAUCCAGG